UCAUCAUCUGGCGCCCCCGCCCGGACGUGCGAGAAGCGACGGCGCAGCGCGGUGCGGCGCAGCUCCGGCUCCCCUUUCCCCCUUGCCGGGCGAGAGGUGUCUAUGGGGCACCCGCCGCCGCCGCUGGGUGCUGUCUCUAUGGCGAGGAGGAGGAGGAGGAGCGCGAGCUCAGCGACACAAGUACAUAAAUAAAGGAUAAAGUAUUUUACGAAACAAAUCUUCAAUCAAGUGUAACAUUUUGAUGCUUGGCAGCUAGACUCCUUGUGCCCUCACUAUGCCAGCAGCAACUGUAGAUCAUAGCCAAAGAAUUUGUGAAGUUUGGGCUUGCAACCUGGAUGAAGAGAUGAAGAAAAUUCGUCAAGUUAUCCGAAAAUAUAAUUACGUUGCUAUGGACACCGAGUUUCCAGGUGUGGUUGCAAGGCCCAUUGGAGAAUUCAGGAGCAACGCUGACUAUCAGUACCAACUGCUGCGGUGUAACGUGGACUUGUUGAAGAUAAUUCAGCUAGGGCUGACCUUUAUGAAUGAGCAAGGAGAGUACCCUCCGGGAACUUCAACUUGGCAGUUUAAUUUUAAAUUUAAUUUGACGGAGGACAUGUAUGCCCAGGACUCUAUAGAGCUACUGACAACAUCUGGCAUCCAGUUUAAAAAACAUGAGGAGGAAGGGAUUGAGACCCAGUACUUUGCAGAACUUCUUAUGACAUCAGGAGUAGUCCUCUGCGAAGGGGUCAAAUGGUUAUCAUUUCACAGUGGUUAUGACUUUGGCUACUUAAUCAAAAUCCUGACCAAUUCUAACUUGCCUGAAGAAGAACUUGACUUUUUUGAGAUCCUUCGAUUGUUUUUUCCUGUCAUUUAUGAUGUGAAGUACCUCAUGAAGAGCUGCAAAAAUCUCAAAGGUGGUUUACAGGAAGUUGCUGAACAGUUAGAGCUGGAACGGAUAGGACCACAACAUCAGGCAGGAUCUGACUCAUUGCUCACAGGAAUGGCCUUUUUCAAAAUGAGAGAAAUGUUCUUUGAAGAUCAUAUUGAUGAUGCCAAAUAUUGUGGUCAUUUGUACGGCCUUGGUUCUGGUUCAUCCUAUGUACAGAAUGGCACAGGGAGUGCAUAUGAAGAGGAGGCCAACAAGCAGUCAUGACAUGAAAUGGUUCUUUUAUUUUUAUUGUAUCUGAGCUACACACAUGCUUGUAUAUAGGUUUUAUCUCUGGUUGAAUCCCUUGAACAACAGACAUUACUUUUUUUUCCUUUCAUAGCUCAUUUUAUUUUCUGCCUUUCAGUACUAAGUGUGACCAUUCCUAUCUCAGAUCUUAAUAAAUAGAAAAGCAUUCAGGUUAAAUCUGGCCUUAAUAUACUUGUUAGUAGGCAUGUGUGACAGAGUGGGGAAAGCUAUUCAGUACAUCAUAUUGAAUACUUUGAUAAACAUUACUUACUUGAGCUUGGUUUUUUCCCUUUCCUAAAUUAACUAGCACUGACUGUAAUUUAUUUCCCUGUUUCAUGUCUCCCUUCCAUUCUGCAGGAGUUUUAGCUAUUUGAGAUUGUGGACCAUCAAUUUUGCACUUUAGAGAGUGAUUCUGACUCAAAUCCUCUGUUUUAUCAGCAGUUUUGGCUUUUCUUGCUCUUAGCUGGAAAAAUGACCAUCUGCCAACUUUAUACAGUAUUUACUUGCUUUUGACCCACAGAAUAUAGAACAUGCAUUGUGCAAAUGGUUGAUUCAGCAAGACUACAAAAAAAAAA